UCUGGUCCAUUUGGAAGGAAGACCAAGGGAAAAAUAGACGUGGAAAAACAGAGAGAGAGAGAGAGAGAGAUUUCAGAUAUAAAUAAAUCAAAAUGGAACAAUAUUUUUUGAAAUCCAAGUGCUUCAAUUCUCCAAUUCCUCUCUACCAAAUUCCUUAAAAAUUAAAAACCCACCUCUAAAAACCUUACCUCUUCAAAACCCAGAUCUUAAUUUUCCUUAUUUUCAUCAAAUUCUUUACCUUUUUGAACCCCUAUAGCUGUAUGUCCCCUGUCUCAAGCUCUGUUUUUGUUCAAGUUCUGUUUUUUUGAACUUCUCUCAGUUCCAGAAUCAGGCCUUGUGGUUCAUGUGUUUAUGAGCUUUCUGUCUCUGUUCUCUUCAUGAUCUUGUCUAUUUCGGUUUCUCUUUUUAAAGGGCUAGUUUUUUCUAUUUUUAGCUCAACCAAACUACAUCCAAAUUAACACAACACGAUCCCCCGAUUCCCUCCAACGUUUUAGGAAACUUUAUCUCUCCUUCAAAUUAUAUCUACACGCACUCCUCCAUUUUUCUCACAAUUCUAAUAAUAUCGAAUUCCUAACUUUCUCUGUUUCAAAAUUCUGCCUCUCAAAACUCAUUUUCACCAUGAAAAUCCCCAAAGACAGAGUUAGAUUCAAUGUAGGAGGCAGAAUCUUUGAGACGACCUCAACAACGUUAGCAAAUGCAGGAAGAAACUCCUUUUUUGGUGCAUUGUUUAGUGAAAACUGGACCUUAAAACAACCAAAUACUGACUCAUUUUCCAAUUGUGAAUUCUUCAUUGACAGAAACCCUGAUUGUUUCUCUGUUCUCCUUGAUCUUCUUCGCACCGGCGACCUCAAUAUCCCUCCUAACGUCUCUGAAAGACAUAUUUACAGAGAGGCCUCCUUUUAUGGUUUAUUAGACCAUGUAAGAUCAGCGAAAUGGGGCCAAUUUGAUGGCAACAGGCUCCGCCAUUCGCGUUCUGUUACGGGGAGGGCACCAGGGGAUGGGACCGCGAUUCGUGCUGGUCCUGAUGGUGGGUGCUGUGUGGCUCAUGGAAGCGUCGUUCAUGUUUAUGAUUGGAUUAUGGAAGAGCACCCUCCAUUGAAUCUUGAUUAUCAAAGAGUCAAUGAUGUUGCCUGGGUUGAUAGUGAGAACAUAAUUAUUAGUGCCUGUGAGAGAUUAGGCCGCGGAGACGGAGGGAUGGGGUUGUUUAGUAAGAGUACAGGAGAAUUGAGGUAUAAGUUUCAGGUGUGCCAUGAGAAUCAAGUGAAGAGUUUCACAGCCGGGGCUUUAAGUACUAGUUCAGAUUAUAAGAUAUUUAGUAGUUGUAAAGGAAGGAGUAAUGAGUAUGGGGUUGGAGUUUGGGAUCAGGUUACUGGAAAACAGAUUGAUUUCCUUUACGAGAGUCCAGGUUGGUCAUUAGGCGAUGCUGACAAGUUGCAAUGGUUGAAUGGGAGCAAUUGUUUGUUGGUGGCCACUUUGUUUCCUAGGAAAGAUAACUGUUACAUUAGUAUGUUGGAUUUUAGGGAUAAGAGAAUGGUGUGGUCCUGGUCUGAUUUUGGUGCUCCUAUAACUGUGGACGAGAAGCGAGUUCGAGAUGCUAUAGCUAUGGAGGAUAGUAAUGCUAUUUGCGUGGUGAAUGAGUACGAGGAUUUGGGAUUUAUGGAUUUGAGAAUGAAUGGAGGGAGUGUGAGGUGGAGCUCAAGAAGUCGGAUGAUGAAGGGGAAACUGUCUGAUGAGCCUUGUUAUCCCAAGCUGGCAUUACAUGGGGGGCAGCUGUUUUCAUCUAUGGAUGACUGCAUUUCUGUGUUUUGUGGUCCGGACUGGGUUUUGACAUCUAGGCUUCGUCAGGGUUAUGGAGGUUCAAUCUGUGACUUUUCGAUUGGUGGGGAUCGGCUCUUUGCGCUUCACAGUGAGGAAAAUGUAUUUGAUGUAUGGGAGACUCCACCCCCACCAAUUUCAUGAUUCAGGUCAUGGUCUGCUUGGCUUUAUAGCCAUGCGUAAUAUAUCUUACAAAUGGUUUUUCUUUCUUUUCCUCGUCAACUUAUAGAAAAUGAUAGAAGAUGAAUCUUGUUAGAAUUUACAGCAUAGAGAAACCUUGAUAUAGAGAGGUCUAAUAGUUUUGUGUGUGUACAGAUUAUAACUAUCAUAUAAUCUCGAGUGCUGAAUUUGUAUGGGUUUUUGACGAUUGUCACAGAAAUGAAACAGAUUGUUUGUUACUACAGAAGAGAAA